AUGGAAGACGAGUAUUGGAAGCUAUUUCGAGACAGGCAGAUCAAUGAUCUGCUUGAUCUAAACGAUACUCCAGCAGAAGAGAGCUCUGAAUGGCGGGAGAUAGCUAAUCAGCAGGACCUCGAUAUAUUACAUGAGACAUGCACAGCUACUGAUGGGCAACAUGAGCAUCAAAAUCAUCUUCCAAUUCCACUCACGAAUGGCUUGCCAGAGCCUGUUUCAGCUACAGUUAUUGAACAUGUGGCUAUGUUGCCAGAAUACCCUCAAACCCAUGAUGCUGGUUAUGCAUACGUGGUAAAUCUCGAAGGGCUAUCAACUAAACAGGCAAAAGCGGCAGUCACAUCGUUCCAAUACUCCUACCGGCGGUCGGGUAGUCCAUCACCAGUUUUCAACGCAUUUCUAGGCUGCCAAACGAUCAAAACUGCAUAUCGAUGUAGUGGUGUCAAGGCAUGCCAGUCUUUAGAGCCCAGUUUGUCUCUAAAACAUCAUCACCAUGCAGAUGAGGAACUUUUCUGCUCAAUGGCAACCGCGCGGAGAAUGGUGCAUCAGUCGGAUAGCUUCAGACUACCGCAACAGAACUCUACUGCGCUAUACCAUGCAGCAAAGGAAAAAUUCCUACACCAGAAGGCGUGCCGUCAACAGAAUGAGAGCUGCCGUCUCGUAUAUGGAAUUUAUGAUCACCCAAAUAUCGCUGGUGUUCGGAGCCAUUAUCUUGCCUGCUAUAACUCAAAAAGUAGUGAACCUGGUAAUCACUAUCAUCAUAGCUUAGUUGGCAAGGAUUCUUCACUUGAUAUCCAUCUUUUGAAGCAUCUAAUCGACCACGAUAAACCAACAAUCUUCCAAGAAUGUGGUGUGAUCAAACAGCAAUCAUCUCGGCAGCCAAAAUGCGGUGUAAUUCAUCCACAAGGACAAGGUAAAAUGCAGACGCACGACUGUAGUGUUUACUUCUGUACCUAUAUGCCAUUGGAUAUCCGAACCCACCCGUAUGCCAUUUUUUACUCUCGUGGUUGUCACACACAUCCGCCUCCACCACCAAAUCGUCCACCAUGGCUAAUUAUGGAUGAUAUACUGGACUUGAUUUGCCGCAUGCAAACACCAGAUCUGACACUUAGCGUCUUCUUAAGGAGUCCUGCUCUCCGGGAGUUUUGCCGGAAGUACAACUGCAAGACACUCUCUCAGAUCCACCAUAGCUUCGUGAAUUCAGACCGAUUCUCGGCAAUCAUCCUAAAGCAACGAGCUUUAGCCUAUCCUUGCGGAAGACAGCUAGCCGGUAUUAAGCAUGAACUACGACGCGAUCCGAGUCUAAGACUCUAUAUACGGGAAAUCUCUGAUACCGAACAUGGAACCUUCAUCUUCUGUGCUUUUGAUGAACAAAUCAAGCACCUAGCCUCUUUGCCCUCAUUUGAAGUUGAUAUGUCCUAUAAAAGGGUUAAAGGCCCUUUCAAUGAGGUGAUUUUUGCGGUGUUUCUUCCCUCCCAUGGCAAGAUUAUGACCCUGCUUCGUGUGUUUACCGAUCAAGAAACACCAGAAGGCUAUCAAUUUCUCUUCCAGAAGGUUUUCUCAUUGGUUUCUGAUGUGGCUAAUCAGCCAUUUGAAUUUCACUACCUUCACGGUCGUGGCUUAAAGGCAAUUGUGUCUGAUAUGUGUCCGCGUCAGAUGACAGUUCUUGGAAAAUAUCUUCAAACUGUUGAUCCUCAGAAGCGAGAGUGGCAGUUUCAGCUACAGAAUAUUAUUGUAUUCUGUCAUAACCCACAUCUAAAGCGAUGGGCGGAGCACAAGAAACACCGUGUGAUUGCAGCUGGUUUAUGUAAAGCUUUGGAGCAAAGCCACUACAAAUCCUACUUCCUCGGGUUUGUUACGGACCUCAAGAAGGUGUGGGGGGCCGCAGCUAUUUAA